AUGCAUCCAACCACUGCUGGACUCGUCGUUGCCUCCGCAGCUCUUGCUGCGGCAGCACCGUUAUCUAACGCCACAACCUCGUACGACUUUGUUGUCGUAGGAGGCGGCACAUCCGGUCUGGUCGUUGCCAAUCGCCUCAGCGAAGAUCCUUCAGUCUCUGUGGCAGUGAUCGAAGCAGGAGCGAGCGUUUUCGACAAUGAGAACGUUACAGACGUGGCUGGCUACAGCAAAGCAUUCGACACGCCUAUCGACUGGGCGUACUCAAGCACACCACAGCUCUACGCCGGCAACGAAACGAAAGUCCUACGAGCCGGCAAGGCCCUGGGUGGAACGAGCACUAUCAACGGCAUGACCUACAUGCGAGCCGAGAGAAGUCAAAUCGAUGCAUGGGCCGCUAUCGGGAACAACGUCACCUGGAACUCCUUAUUGCCAUAUUACAAAAAGAGCGAGCACUUCCAGAUUCCGAACGAAGAACAGGUGCAAGAGGGUGCGCAGUUCAAUACAGCCGCACAUGGCUUCGUUGGCCCUCUAGCCGUUGGAUGGCCCACAGAGAUGGUUGGACAAGGAUUUCCAGAAAUACUGAACAGCACCUUUCAAUCUCAAGGACUCAACUGGAAUGGUGAACCUAACGCUGGUCACAUGCGUGGCUACAACAUCUUCCCAAAGACGGUCAAUACAACUGCGAAUGUACGCGCUGAUGCCGCCCGCUCAUUCUAUUACCCUUUCAGCUCGAGGUCAAACUUGCAUAUCUACCUCAACUCCUUCGUCGAUCGCUUGACCUGGCAAGGGACAACGAAUAGCUCGCUUCCGUUUGCGAACGGCGUUGUGCUUAGAGAUCCCACUGGCAAAGUACAACGACUCUCGGCUUCAAAAGAGGUCAUUCUCUCUGCAGGAUCGCUACGAUCGCCCCUGAUCCUUGAACAAUCUGGAGUGGGAAGCCCAACCAUCUUGGAGAAACACGGUAUCAAGGUCCAAGUCAACAACCCCAACGUGGGCGAGAAUCUCCAGGACCAGACCACAGUCGACACGCAAUACACCGCAACUCAAAAUUUCACUGGCUCAGGUGGCUUUAUUGGCUACUAUAACGCCCGAGACGUCUUCGGCAACGACACCGAUCGUAUUAGCACCGAAGUCAAGGCGUCUCUCCCAGCCUACGCCCACCAAGUCUCGACCGCCUCAAACGGAACAGUCGCGCUCUCAACCCUCGAGAAACUCUUCAACAUCCAACACAAGCUCAUCUUCAAAGAUCUAGCUGUUAUCUCCGAAGUCAUCGUCGUCGCUCCUGCCGCCGGUAGUUCCACAAUCGAAUACUGGGGUCUACUCCCCUUCUCGCGCGGGAACAUCCACAUCUCAUCGUCGAAUGCUUCCGCGCCCGCUCUGAUCAACCCCAACUUCUUCCAAUUCGGUUGGGAUAUUAAGCAACUGAUUGGCACUGCACGAGCUGCAAGAGCUGCCGCCAAUACUUCGCCUUUCAGCAAGCUGAUCUCCGAUGAGGUUCUGCCGGGGUAUCAGACUGUGCCUCGUGGCGCCAGCGAUCAGGUCUGGGGCGAGUGGUUGAAGUCAACCUUCCGGUCGAACUUUCACUACAUCUCAACAGCGGCUAUGAUGCCUCGAGAAAUGGGUGGCGUCGUUGAUAGUGACCAUUUGGUCUACGGCACGGCUAACGUACGAGUUGUGGACGCUUCUGUCAUGCCUUUCCAGGUGUCUGGACAUCUGACGAGCACAUUAUACGCGCUAGCGGAGCGGGCGUCAGACAGAAUCAAGGCACGAUACGCGUAGAUGGGAG